UUUCUUCUCGUUAGCCCUCUUCCCCUCUUCCCCUCUUCCCGUCACCGAAUUGGCUUCUCUCCAAUCUCCACAACUUAGGACAAGCGUAGCAGAAUUGCUUGUAUGGUUAAUUGGAGUAGCAAUUCAAAGUGGUGGAAACUUAAGUGAAGAAGACUAUUACUGUCUAGGGAAUUAAUUCAAGAGAUCUGACUUUUGAUUUCACCAGUCCAUCUGAAUGAAGAAAAAAGAGAUCUUCUGGUUUGGACAUGUGAUAGCAAAGGACUUUUCCCAGAGUUUUUAAUCAAUAUACAUACAAUGAAGCAUAUUGUAAAGAUUAUGGUACUGCUUGUGGCCAUCUCUGCCUGUUGGAUUGGGCUCUUGCAAACUUCCAUUAUUCCACGUAGCCAUACCUGGUUGCUUCCCAUUUAUUUCGUUAUAUCACUGGGAUGCUAUGGUCUAUUGAUGGUUGGAGUUGGCUUGAUGAAUUUUCCAACUUGCCCUCAAGAAGCACUGCUAUUACAACAGGAUAUUGUUGAGGCCAAGGAUUUUCUAAAGCGAAGAGGAGUAGAUGUUGUUUCUGAAUGAUAAAUUAUUGCAGUUUUGUGCUAUCAAAACCUCUGGAUUUUCGCUUGAUCUCCGAGGUUUUUCUGCCCGAUCAAAUUUUGUGAAGAGUUGCACACCGCUAACUAGGUUUUUGGGGUUCCAGACCAGCCCCAGGACUAGAUUUUUCUCUUUAAGCUCUUGUUAUUUUGUUUAGGUGUAAUCCUCUUGAUCCAUUUGUGCCUUACUGAUGGCAUUAUGUCUUUAUACCAUUAUGCAGAAACUAAAGCAUGAAUACUGUUCGCACACUGUUAUUGCUAUACUUGAAAUCUUACCUUCGGAUACAGUUGCUUGUCACAGCAACGAAAAUGCUACAAGAUUUCCAAUAUUCGUCCCA